AUUACAGGCGGAAGCGUUCUCAGAUCUUGCCCAUUAACAAUCCACGGCUGGUGUCAGGUUAUCACAUUGUUCAGGGAGAGAUUACAUUUAGAUUACAUUUAAAUGGCCCCACAUCGCAACACGCACUGUUCUCGCUCUGCACGCAACAGCGAGGCGGCAGCGGGCAGACUCGGGAAGUGCAGUUGCUGCUGCAGAGGAGGAUCCCACCAGCCCCUGUGAAUGUACAAUGCGAACAUCAGUUGGAGGGUGAUCUAAAGGCAAUGACAUUGUUUUACCCCGAAGUAGACAAAGGAGCAAAGUGCCCUUUCUGGUCCAAUUCAGUGUAACCCUGCAGAGAGGGUUCGCCCGCUGCUGUGUGACGGUAGGACAGUGCCCCCUCCCCCCUGUAUACACACACACACACACAUAUAUAAGUUAGGUGACAGAAACGCUAGAAAAGCCGAGACUGCAAACACGGUGAACCGACUUUCUUGAGAGUUUUGCUUUGCCCGCAUUCUUCGCUCUCUUGGUACCCCGAACCAAGUGACCCAAGUUCGUUGAUAUCGUGUGGGACUGACUGGACUUUCUCGGGCAUUUCGAGGAUCUAUUUAAAUGCAUCUGGAGCACACCAUCCCCAUCGCUGUUCAAGGCUGGUCAUUAUUGCAGGGGGUAUACUUCUCUGUGUGAGACACAGAGGGAUCGCUGCGCUGUCUCGGGGACCAGGACACUGAAGGAAUGAUCGCCAAUCAAACGUGCGCCUUCGGCCAAGGGCUGCCUGCUAGCCCCAGUGUGCAGUGGAUACUGGCGGCCGCUCUCUCUGCCCUGCUCGGGCUGCAAGCCUGCCGGUGGCUGCAGCACCACCUGCAGCAGUGCCAGCCCGGGAGCCCGCCGGGCCCUUUCCCCUGGCCCUUGAUUGGAAACGCGGCUCAGCUCGGCCGGGCGCCGCACCUCACCUUCUGCAGGCUGGCCGAGAGGUACGGCAGCGUGUUCCGCCUCAAGCUGGGCAGCCGCGCCGUGGUGGUGCUGAACGGCGAGGAGUCCAUCCGCCAGGCGCUGGUGCGGCAGGGCGCCGACUUCUCGGGCAGACCGGACUUCGGCUCGUUCGCGGUGGUGUCCAGGGGCCGGAGCCUGGCUUUCGGUCCCCACAGCGACCUGUGGCGGCUGCACCGGAAGGUGGCUCACUCCACCAUGCGGGCUUUCUGCACCAGCAACCUGCAGACCAAGAGGGUCUUCGAGCGGCAUGUGGUGUGCGAGACCCAGCAGCUGGUCAGCGUGUUCAUGGCCAGGGGCCGCCUGGAGCCUUACUUUGACCCCUGGCCCAACCUGGUGGUGGCUGUGGCCAAUGUGAUGUGCGCGGCGUGCUUCGGCAGGAGGUACGAGCACAGUGACCAGGAGUUCACUGCGUUACUCUCCAAGAACCACCGCUUCGGGCAGACGGUGGGAGCCGGCAGCCUGGUGGACAUCAUGCCCUGGCUGCAGUACUUCCCCAACCCGGUGCGCAGCGUUUACCGGGACUUCAAGCAGCUCAACCAGGACUUCUACCUCUUCGUGCAGGACAAGGCUCGGCAGCACCGCCAGGAUUUCCGGCCGGACCGGCUCCGGGACAUGACGGACGCCUUCAUCCGCACCAUCGAGCACGGCGGGGUGACCAGCGGCGCCGGCCUGACCCUCAGCCCCGACUACGUGGACUCCACCGUCAGCGACAUCUUCGGGGCCAGCCAGGACACGCUGUCCACCGCCCUGCACUGGAUCACCCUGUACCUAGUGUGGCGGCCCCAGCUCCAGGCCAGGAUCCACCAGGAGCUGGACAGGGUGGUGGGCCGGCAGCGCAUCCCCAGCCUCGAGGACCAGCCCCGCCUGCCUUACCUGAUGGCGUUCCUGUCCGAGGCGCUGCGCUUCAGCAGCUUCGUGUCCCUCACCAUCCCGCACGCCACCACCCGGCACACCCUGCUCUCGGGUUACCGCAUCGCCAAGGGCACCGUCAUCUUCGUCAACCAGUGGUCAGUCAACCACGACCCGCGCAAGUGGCCCCAGCCCGAGGUCUUCGACCCGUGCAGGUUCCUCACCGAGGCGGGCACCUUCAACAAGGACCUGGCCAGCCAAGUGAUGAUCUUCUCGCUGGGCAGGAGGAGGUGCAUCGGGGACGAACUGGCCAAAAUGCUGCUCUUCCUCAGCGUCUCCCUCCUGAUGCACCAGUGCACCUUCCGGGCCAACCCCAAAGAGCAGCUCACCCUGGACUUCACUUACGGCUUAACCUUAAAACCCAAACCAUUCACCAUCAACGUGACUCUGCGUGACACACUGGAGCCUCUGAAUGUGGCUGUGCAGAGAAUCCAAGAGGCCAACAGCAAUCAAUAACUGCGGGAUCUUCUCCGGCUCUUGUUCAUUCACAGCGGGACACUAAAGGGUUACAUUUCACUUGGUUGCGCUGGUCGAGGCUUUACGCUACUGUUUUUAACCCAGUCAAGUUGUGCUGUGGACCAGUUUGUAAUUCUAAUAGUGGGUGAGAAGGCGGGGAAAGGUUCGUGUGUACUUGCCCUUUGGGCAGUAAGAAAUCAGGGGUUCUCUUUAUAAAUUGAGUUUUAUAUAAAUAGUCCAACAGUUCGCCAUAAGGUUUGAAUAUAACUAGGAUUGCUGGGAGCGGACUCGAUGGUCGAAUGUUUGGUGUCUGCUCCAACAUCCCUAUCGUCUUAUAGUUGGCACCCAUCGAAAGAAAACAAGGUUUUUUUUUAAAUAUAAAAAAGCGCAAUAGUUGGCCACACUGGAUUCUGAAGUUUUAUUUUCCUCAGUCAGACCUUAAUAUCAUUAAAUAGUCCCUGAAGUUGCAGAGGAGUUGGCAGUAUCAAAGGUUUGCUGCAAUAACAGUUGCUGGAAAUCCGACAGCAACUGACUGCGAGAACACCACUUUGAGCUCCUUGCAAACACGCCAAACCUGGGCGCCAGCCUUUCAGUACUCUCCUCACUGCCAUUUGCAGAUUCUCAAUCUCUGAUGAUUUGCCAGACUGAUUCUCAGUCCUGGCUUCCUGGGUUGGAGUUGUACACAGUCCUGUGUCGGAACUUUGACAGAACCCAUUCCUCAGCUUCCCCCCCACCCCUCCAGCCCGACGCCAAAAUCUCGUUUCCUCCUCAAGCCGUAAACUGUCAACUGGGGAGAAACCAGGGUCAGAAACAAGCCGCUUCCGGUUAUGACUGGUCUCCCUCGCGUUUCAGAAAUUGCUUCGAAAUGAAUCGAUUAUCUCCGAUGGGAGAUACGUGAACAGACCCAAGAAAUAUUGUACCGCCACUUAACUAUCAUCCGAUUCUCUGCUCAUGUCUUGCCACUGGAAGCAAAUGUGGUCUUCACACUUAUUGAGGCUUCCAAUAUUAUCAUUUAAAGCAGAAUGCAUUUAAUUCCCGUCCCCUGGAAAUGUGACGAGAUAGCCUAAGCCAUGGGCGGACAGUUGUGGUGAGAGACAGCCUGGCCCACGCACCGUGAGACACAACGUUGCGCCCAAACCUUAUCAGUAUUUGGGACAGACAGCAGAAACGAAAGGGAACUAACUAACCUUGGUUCAAACUGCAAGGCAGUCUCAAAUGAAAGCGAGAUAGCUUCACAGUUUGCGCGCUUUGCUUGGUCAUAAAUCGUCGAUUCAAAGAUUUUGCGCUCAAUUAAAUGCUCCCAUCUGACCUUUAAUUUGUCUGCAACACUAUAAGCAGCGACACCAUUGCAUUUAGCCUAAAUCAUAUCUGCUUAUCACUUGUAAAUUGACAUUCGUUGCGAUUUUAUAACACGUCUUCCUUUUUAAUCAAGUUUUUAAAAAUAAAUUUCAAUGCCAGGUAGAGUCAAUUACAGAUAUUUAAGAAUCAACUUGUUCACAAUUCUGGAACAGGGGGAACUCCUGUCCUGGCUCUGAGGUAGGACACUCCUAUUGCCCAUUCAUGUCGCAUUUACACUAAGGUAAAACAUCCUACAGGGUCAACUGCAAUAUAUCUGAUGCCACAAUCUGAUCCAUGAUCUUUAUUAAGAUUAUCAUCUGAUCUUUAUUAAGAAUUUCCAGCUUAAAAUUUGAUUCAGGCACAAUCUGAUAUGAAACUGACCAUUGUGGAAGAUGACUGAUCCAAGUUGCAUACCUUGCUCUGUGAGGAUUGCUGGAGGGGUGUAGGCGUUGGUCUCUAUAUUGUUGGACUGGGGUAAAAGAAAAAUAGCUGAAAGUGUGUUGCUGGAAAAGCGCAGCAGAUCAGGCAGUAUCCAAGGAACAGGAAA